AUGACCACCCAAACAGACGUCCUCAUCAUCGGCGCAGGUCCGUCCGGCCUGGUCCUUGCUCUCUGGCUCACACGCCAGAAUGUCAACGUGCGCAUCAUUGAUCGUCAAGAAUCGAAACCAUCUACCUCGCGCGCGCUGGUCAUCCAUGCACGCACAAUCGAGCUCUACCGCCAGUUGGGCCUUGCCGACGACGUGGUCGCUAAUGGCCACAAGGUCGAGGCCACCAAUAUCUGGGCCCAGGGAUCGCAUAGGGCCCAUGUUCCGAUUGGAGAUGUCGGCAAGGGCCUGACUCCGUAUCCUUUCCUUCAAAUUUACCCACAGGAUUUUCACGAGCGGUUGCUGGAAGAGCGGCUGAACGCGAUGGGGGUGACGGUCCAGCGGAACUGGGCCCUGGUCGACUUGACUGAGCAUGAGGAUCAUGUCUCGGCUCGACUACAGCACGCAAAGGAUUCUGCAGACACCACAGAUGAAGAGAGGCUGGAAACAACAUGCACAGCCAAGUACAUCGUCGGCUGUGAUGGCGCCCAUUCCACCCUCCGCCACGCGUGCAACAUCGACUUCGCCGGCGCGACCUACCCCCAGCUCUUCUACGUGGCGGACGUCGAGGGCAGCGGGCCCACAAUGAACGGCCAGGCGCAUGUCACCGUCAACGGAACCGAGUUCAUGCUGUCUUUCGCAUACGAUGACAACCGCCGUGCACGUCUCUCUGGUGCCGUCGACGAGGCCAGACUCACCAAGGAACUGUCCGACCUCACCGUCGACGACGUCGCGCCCACCGCUCUCCAGGCUAUGAGACUUCACAUCGACAAGGUCAACUGGUUCACCACCUACCGCGUCCACCAUCGCGUGGCCGCGUCUUUCCAGAAGGGCCGCGCGUUCCUGGUCGGCGACGCCGCGCACAUCCACAGCCCCGUCGGCGGCCAGGGCAUGAACACAGGCAUCGGCGACGCCAUCAACCUCGCGUGGAAACUCUCUGCGGUGCUCCAGGGCCGCGCCGACGCAUCGCUGCUCGCGAGCUACGACGCCGAGCGGCACGCCUUUGCCAACAUCCUCGUGAGCACCACCGACCGGGCCUUCACCACCCUCGUCUCCAAGGGGUACGUGGCAGGCUUCCUGCGCACGUGGUUCGUCCCGACCAUAAUGCCGUAUCUCACGCGGCUGACGGCGGUCCGCCACCGUAUCUUCCAGGGCGUGUCGCAGAUCCUGGUGAAUUAUCGAGAGAGCGCGCUGUCCGCGGGCACGGCGGGCUCCGUGCAGGGCGGCGAUCGCAUGCCGUGGGCGCCUGUCGGGGAUCUUGACAAUUUCGACAGUCUGAAGGAGAUCACAUGGCAGGUACAUGUGUAUGGAGCGGCGAAGCCGGAGCUGGAGGAGUGGUGCCGGGCCAAGGGGAUCCCGCUGCACGGGUUUCCCUGGGAUGCGAAGUACCAGGGGGUGGGAUUGGGUCAAGACGCGGCGUACCUGAUCAGACCGGACACUUAUAUCGCGGUUGCAGAGCCAUCGGGGCUGCCCGAGAAUUUCGACAAGUAUCUGGCGGAGCACAACCUGCGCAUGACAUGA